AUGCACCGUGUCGGCCCCUACCAGAUACCCUUCCCCUAUGCCCCCUAUCCACUUCAGGAGCAUGCCAUGACGGCACUCCGUGACUACCUCGAACAGCAUCGAGGGAGCGAGCACACGGAAGGCAUAAGCAGUCGAUCUCAGUCGAGCAACACCGCGCCAGUCGCAGUGUUGUCAGCCUCGUCGCCGCCACCAUCACCCAUGGCAACAUCCGCCAGCGGUACGAGAGGCGGCCCAUCUCGUGUAGCAGUGCUCGAAUCACCAACCGGCACUGGCAAGUCGCAGAUCCUUCUGAACAGCGUUCUCUCGCAUCUCUUCGAGCCUGUCGAGAACGCCAACGAGCUGGACGGCGUAGCGAGUGCGAGUUGCUGCUGCAUAGCUGCUGAAUCGCCUGCUGCGAUGGAGACCGUUGCUGCGCAUGAACCAGAAAGGUCCACUUUGGUCCACCCCCCAACCUCACAGACUCUAGAAGAAGUGCUCCGUCAACGGCAGCUGGAGGAAGAGGUGGCGCAGGCGCGUCGAGAGCGGCGCGCACGCGUCCGUGCACAGCGGCGGCAAAUUCGUCAGGCCCGCAAGCGCAUGCGUUUUCAACAGCAGCAGCUGACAGACAGCGGCGGCGAGCAGGACUUCUUGCUCACCCAAGACCCCCUCGCAUGGUAUGCAGAACAGCGUUCGAUGACGACAAUGGGGCUCCGUGGGGACGACCUGAGAGGCCUGUGCAGCACGAGCUCACUUUCUGCGUCGUCGUCCUCGUCGUCCUCUUCCUCCUCCUCCUCGCCCGCGAGUGAGGACGACGACAACGACGACGUGGAGGGCAAGCUCGAGACGGCCCUCUCAACGCUCAUUCCUCUGCGCAAGCCAAAAGUCUACUUUGCGAGCCGAACCCACACGCAGCUGCAGCAGCUGAUGGAAGACCUGCAGCGCACCGCCUUUGCCCAGCGACCGCUGCGUCCACAGCAGCGAACGAGCGAGCCGCUGGGGAACACAGCUGAGAGAUCAGCGGGAGCGCAAGUGGGCGCUAACGGCAGAGACGACUGUGCUGCCCCCUCAAAGUCCUUUGGCUCUCCUCCCCCUCUCAGUCCCCCAGAGGCAGUGCCAUCAUCGAUGCCUUCACGACAGCAGCAGCAGCCUCACCGUCUGACUGCCGUACACGUGGCUGGCAGGCAACACCUCUGCCUGAACGCAGGCCUGCGUCGCAAGGCUGGCUGUAAUAAUGACCGCCUGAACUACUAUUGCCGAGAGGCGAUGCGCUUUGAGCGCUCGAAGCAGGGACGGCAGUACCGGCGCCAGCAACAAGAGCAUGCACAACAGCAGCCACGCCAUUUCACCGGCAGCCCUGACGUCCGCGACAUUGAAGCUGCUGGGGCGCAGCAGCAGCUGGGGCAGGACAGGGGAUGCGUGUACUGCGUCGAGUCGCACCUUCGCUCUCUGUUGGUGUACCUCCGUGAUGAGCAACACCGUGCCGAUGCAGCCACAAACCCCGAAGACGACGACGCUAGUUCCGGACACGGUGGUCUACCCUCGUCAGUCUACACCAUGGACCGUCUUCGGCGGCUGGGGGCGGAGCUGCAGGCGUGCCCAUACCUCGCCACACGCCUCCUCCUCCGGGGCGCCGACGUGGCCUUCAUCCCGUACGGCUACGUCCUUGACGAGAACCAGCGAGCGGUGCUUCUCGGCGGUGCAGCCACAAACCCAGCGACAGCAGCGGAGGCGGCGGCGGCGGCCUUUGCGAUGCCCAGUCGCUCCACCCCGGCGUCUGAGGCGGGUGGUGGUGGUGGUGGCGUAGCCAGCGAGAACGGCGACGUCGCUUCGCACAGCCACCCCUCGCUCGGCGCCGUACUCUACCAUCGACGCCAGCGCCUGACAACCACGGCGGCCUUCAGGCGGCGACGGCAGCAACAGCAGCAUGGUGGCUCCCCCAGCCCAACAACGAUUUCCCUUCAUCCCCGUCGUAGCAGUGUGAACGAGGACGACGACGACGAGGCGGAUGCAAUGUGGCACACGAUGGCGUGCGGCGCACCCCCCUCCUUUCAUGGGGACAUUCUUGUAUUCGACGAGGCGCACAACAUCGCUGACUACUGCCGCUCGGCCAGCACUGCAACCGUCGCUCUGUGGCAGCUGCUGCUUGCUCGACGGCUCUUGGAGAUGUACAUGGAACGCUACGCGUCUCGGCUGUUGACGCGUAACAAGCAGCGGCUGCGAGAGCUAAUUCAGUUUCUUAGCAAGCUGGCGCGCUUCUGUGAGCGCGCCGACUCUUCCGUCUUCCUAGCAGAGGGUGGAGGCAGAGAAGGCGACGUCGCAUCAUCGAUACCAGGGCCGUCGCCACUGUUAGCGCGGCACCCCCAGUCAUCACCGACAAGUCCAGAAACCGCCGUCUGCACGCGUGUCUUACCCUUCCACACGUUUCUCUUCAACGCUGGCAUCGACAACGUCGACGUGUACGCGUUCCUGACCUUCCUGGUCGACUCACAGCUGGUGAUGAAGUUGCAGGGACUCGUCUCCUACGCAUUAGAUGCGGAGCUGCACUCAGAACAAGAGGGGAAGAUGACGAAGCCGGCGAUGACAGCCGCGAGAACGACGAUCACCAGCGGCACAGACAACAGAGCAAGCUUGACGGCUGGCGUGAAGAGGCAGCGCGGCAGCGGAUUCGAUGUAGGCCCCAGCGAUGCGCGAAGUGAAGCACAGCGGCAGCGUCGCUGU